AUGUCCAAUGAUCAAUCUGAACAAUUGUUUACAAGAGAACAAGUCGAACAAAUCAUUGAGGAAAUGUCAAGAAAAAUCAAUCUUGACAGAUCAGGUGAAGAUCCAACAAACCUUCCAAACGAAAUCUUGGAAGAACUAGAGAACAGCUCGCCCAUCAAUUUACAGAAAAACAUCAAAGAAUUUGUUAAGAACCUUCCAAAGUACGAAGGUAGUGAAUGGACCAACAAUGAGAUCUUCAACAAAGAGUUCCACAGAGAGCUUAAAAGGAAAACUGUGGAUGCCCUCCAAAGUACAAACGCAGUAUACAAGGGAGCUGAUCGACUCAUCAUCGCAGGAAGAGCAGCAACUGGCCUUUACGAAGAAUGUCAACAAUUUCUUGAAUCAGGAGGAAGCGAAGAACAAUUCUUUCACAUUAUGGAAGGCAUCAGACAACUCGCAGUUUACUCAUACGCCACGGGUAAGACCACCAAAAGUGAAGCUAGGACAAUGGCGAUCAAGGCGCUCAGGCUCCCCGAUAGCGUCAAACACUUGGAAGAAGAACCUAGUGACAAGGCCUUGGCCUUGGGCAGAGAAGAGUGGGACGACAACAACAAUCAAUUAACAACAAUAACAGAGGAUUUGGACGUCAACAGAGAUACACCAGGGGCCGUGGAACCUUCCACAGGUCUUUUUUUGGACGCAGCAAGGGCCAAAUACACACGGAGGCCCAAAGCUCCAGUCAACCCCAAUAAUACCGCCAUCAACGCCAGCGUCUUUCCCCACGACAACGGCGCAUUACGUCAUACCGAGCGAUGGUAUAUUACCAGAGGGUCGUCUCCAACGUUUUUCAGAACAAUGGAAACGAACAAUACUUCAUUCAUGGCCUGUGUCAGUAGUAACACAAGGAUAUCAACUUCAGUGGAACCACAAGCCUCGACCAUGGAAAUAUACUCCGAUGAAGUUCACGGAAGAGGAGCAAGUAGCAGUGGACGAAGCAGUGAAGAAAUUUCUGAACUCAGGCAUAAUCGAGCGUUCCCCGUCUCAGUGCAAGAGCUACCUAUCGAAAUUCUUUACUGUGAAAGAGCCAAACAAACGCAGGCCGAUAUUGGAUUGCACGAGCUUGAACAAGUACAUCCAAUGCAAUCACUUCAAAAUGGAAGGUGUACCAGCCUUACGAGAGUUGUUAGACAAGAACGAUUACAUGUGCAAGAUAGAUUUAAAAGAUGCAUAUGUAGUAGUGCCAAUACACGAAAACUCCAGGGAUUUUUUUGA